AUGACCAGCUCAGAUCAACCCGAGACCAAGCCCCCGCCGCGAACGGGCACCAAAUUCGUCUGCCACGAGGACGGCACGGAGUGGGCCGACUUAGAAGGACUAAGAAGACACCUGCGAGCCAAGACGGCCUGGUCCAACGCUGGAUUAGUUGGGUGCAGAGUAUCGGUGCUCCUAGAAAACCGCGAGUGGUCCGAGGGCCUGGUGGCCCAGUACCAUAGAUCAUCAGGCAAGCACUGCGUCGAAUUCCGCCACUCGGGAGCGAGGCGGUGGCUCCUGAUGUUGAGAACCGCGUUCUAUAUUGUGGAUAGAGGUACUUGUGACGAAGAAACGAAGGAACCGGAGGGCCUACCGGUACUCCGAAACGCGCGCGACGAGCCCUGGACCUUUGCUGAGGACCUUUCCCUAGCGUUUGCCAAGGCUCAAAGUGUUUUACACGACUGCUACGGCGGGCGGACGCAGGAGACGGGCCACAAGACGCUAGGUCAUGUUUGUGUGACGGACGACGAUCGAAGGCGGGCGACCGAAGAUCGGGGCUCGUUGUUGUACGGCGAGUUGCUGCCGCGAGGCGUCCAUAAAGCUUUAGAUGCGCGACACCUGGACGCGGCCCGGGCUUCUUCAGUGUAUGACUUAGGGUGUGGUACAGGAAAAGUAGCAUUGCAGGCGUUUCUGCAGUUCCCGAACCUGAAAAGAGUGUAUGGUGUGGAAUUGUCGCUCGCGCGCUUCCACGUCGCGGAGCGAGCACUGCUAGCGCUGGCGGCGCGCGACGACUGCGACGCCCAUAUAACGAGGCGGGAGCCCGGUUCCUCCAUCGAGGUCACAAGUGUCGACCGCACUCUCAUAAUAGAGCACGGCAACCUGAUGCGGACGCGCGACGUCGGCGACGCGUCCGGAGCGGCGUGGAAAUCAACCGGUGUGUGUCGCGUCGAGGGCGUGGAGGUCGCGCCGUAAAUCCGCGAAGACGCCAUCGCGGCGACCGGCUCUCCACCAGACGCCAUCGACGCGACGCGCAAGAAGGUCAACCGACGAUGUCCGCGCAGGUCCAUCGUCAUGCUCGAGACCGAGGUGCCGGCCGACACGUUCGGCGAGUUCUCGCGGUUGCUCGACGCGUGCAAGGAGGGUUGUAGAUUGUUGACGUACUUGGAUCUGCGGCGGGUCUGGCGCCUGCCGGGGCAGCCCUUUCCGUUCCGGCAACUGGAGGCUAAUAGGUCGUUCGCGGACCGGUACCCGACGUCGUGGUCGGUGCAACGAGGGCAUCAUUUAUUUCUGUGGGUGAAGGUGUUGAAACCUGGAAAUGCCGGUCUUGCCUUCACGCGCGGCAUCGCCGCGCCGCCGCCGUCAUCUCCGGUCAAGAGGCGAUCUCGAAGGCGGGACGACCUCCCACCGCUGGUCUUCGGGAAGGCGAAGAAAUCUUCAAACAGUACGUGCGCGAUAUGCUAAUAAUAUUUAAAGAAUUCUACUUGAGCUUCUGCAUGAUGUGCGGCAUCGCGCACUUGUCUAUGCACUUGAGCCAGUCGAAGUAGUAGGGCUCGCAGUCGCCUGCGGGGUUGUGGUGCGGUCGCGGCGAUGGCGUACGAUGGCGGUUUUGUGUUUAAGGACGCGGCGCCCGCACCCGCGCCCUUCUGCUCGAUGCGAUCAGCGCAGGCCAAGUAGUGCUUGAAGACGUCCGCGCAGCGCGGCUCGCAGGCCUGCGGAUGGGCGUGUGUGAUCGGCUCUUUUGCGGUCAGGCGCGAGGCGUGCAGCGAACUGCGGAAAUGGUCGGUUUCGCGGUCCACCCAUCUCUGGCCGAGACGCGCAGCGUUUUCAUGCGUGCGCGCCGUCCCCCCCUGUCCGGACGCGGCGCCUGACCUUCCUCAAAGCCGGGAGAGGGCACACUACUUCGUCGUCGUCCGCCAUUACGAUUGCAAAAAUGGACCAGCGAAGCUGUUCAAUCACUUAUCAGCCACGAAACUGCGUCGACGUGCACCCCCUGUCCUGCGCGAGCAAGAAGGACUUGACAAAGAUGGAGGCUGGAAAGGCUGGCUAGUGGCUUGCAGACGCUAGCGCUUGAACUCUGUCCACAAUCCAUUGUCCGGGCGCCACGGAAACAUAGCGCCCGCCAGUCAAGCGUCCGACCCGCACGAUAGCUGCGAGCCUGCGAAGUUACACUGGCACUCUGCCGCAUAACAGGCUCCGAGAGCACUCAUUUGUGCCAUUCGUCGCUAGGCGCAGCUCCCAUGCCGCCAGCUCUCCAAAGGCACCCAUAACAGGCAUCGCUUCGACCGCUACUGCGGAUAGAGCCCUAAAAGAGGGGCAGCCACAAACCAGAUCAGCAACACUGGCUCGCCUCGACGACGACCGCUGGUACACGCCGCGCGAGUCGGCGGCCUCGACCACCGGCUCGCCGUCGCCGCCGGCCGCCUGGCAGGACACGGCCCGGAGCGCCGGCAGCGACGCAUCGAACGUCUGGUACGACACCGCGCGGAGUAACAAUAGCGACGGAUCGAGCAACUGGUACUCGCCGCGCCAGAGCCCGCCCAGCGCCGCGCCGCGACCGCCGCGAGGGCCCCCGCCGCACGGCGCCGCGCCGCGCGGGCCGCCGCCGCGAGGGCCGCCGCACGGCGCCGCGCCACGCGUGCCGCCGCUGGCGCUCGGCGGCGCGCCGCGAGCGCCUCCACCAACCUACGCGCCGCCCGGCGCCGACGUCGAAGACUGGAGGCCCGCGCCGCCCGGGCCGGCGUCGUCGCUAUAUGUGCAAGACGAAUUUACAAGAGCGGCGGACCGCUUCGCGAGCGCGCGGCCCCCCGUGCAGCAACAAGCACCAGCACCGACUCAUUCCGAUGCCGACGUGGCCGACGUCUUCUCGUUCGCGAGGCACAACCGCGUGCCGGAUAUUGAACGGUUGUUGGUACGGGGCGUGCCGGCGGAUAGUCGAGACGUUCAUGGCAAUACGAUCGCAAUAAUAGGCGCGCAGAACGGCCACAAGCGCGUCGUCAAGGCGGCGCUGCGGCGCGGCGCGGACGUGAACGCGGCGAACCUGCGGGGCAACACGUGCCUCCAUUUUUGUUUUGCGUUCGGGUUCGAGCAGCUCGGCGAGUACCUCAUCACGAAGGGCGCGGACAACCGCAUCGUGAACGCUUCUGGCAAAACGUGCUACGAGGGGCUCGGGUAA